UCAUUUGGAGUUUGACACUUUAAAAAAAAAAUCGAUCCCAGAACGUGGUGUCUGAUAUGCCAAAAAAGCCAGGCAAGAGAUUUGCUGAGAGCCCUGGCUAUUUUUGUUAGAAGCUGAUACUUCAGUCUGAGCUGCAAGCAUUGCCUUGGGAAAGGAGUUAGUUUCUUGGGAGGUGGGGAGGGCAGGUCAGGGCUUAACAGAGAAGACAGCUCCCAAGAAGAAAAGGACAAAAAAAAAAAAGACCCCCAAAGAAAGUAAAGAACGGUAGAGGACUUCCCACCUCUUAAUUUGCUGUCUCCUGCAAGAGUCAAGGCUGACCCUGUCGUAUCCUCUGAGCCGGCAAUAUAACGUGACCUUUCCACCAGAGUGUUUCUCACCCUCACCAUUAUGACUGAGAUUACAGCAGAAGGACCCGUAUCCACCACUACAGUGAUAGACAGCAAGAAUGGCGCAGUCCCCAUUCCACACAUGAAGGUGUCCAAGAGAUCUGUAUCAGAAGACUUUGCAACCACAUUCAGCUCACCAGCAGCAUGGCUCCUUGUUGCAGCUCUUAUUGUUACAUGGUCAGCUGUGGCGAUUGUCAUGUUUGACUUAGUGGAUUACAAAACCCUGGCAGGAAUACAUCAAUUUGAUAUUGACAAAGAGGUGGGGAAGGCAGAGAUCCCUAGAGGUCAAUCAGUAAGCAAACUCGCCACUGAUCCACUGAGACUCAUACAGGGUGCUGUAGAAGAGACCACCAAUUCAGUUUAUGGCUUUCUUUCAUUAAUGUCUGACCUCAUAUUUGAAGAUGAAGAGGAGGGUGAAAAAGGUGAGGUAAAGCCUUCCAUGAAAGUAAAAGAAGAAGUCCAACCACCGGUCAAAAAGAAAGAGAUCCAGAUAGAUAAGCCCGAAAGAGAAGAGAAGAUUGAAAAGAAGGCACUGCCGAGAGAAAUUCAAGGAGAGAAACCUGAAAAAAAGGAGAAAGUUGAAAAGAAACUGCCUCCCAAAGUAAGUCACAAAGAAAAGCCUGAAAAACCAGAGAAAGCCGAAAAACCAGAGAAAGCCGAAAAACCUAAAAAACCUGAAAAAUCAGAGGAACUAGAAAAACCUGUGAAAAAAGAAGUCUAUAAAGUGCCUCCCAAAGAGAAAGCUGCAAAGCAAGAAAAGCCUACAAAGAAACCACCUCCUUCCCCAAAAGUAACAGAGAAGGCGAAACCUGAACGGCAACCAAAGAUUGAAGAAAAAGUUGCUCCAAAAGAAAAGAAGAGCACCAAAGCGGAAGAAAAAACUAAAAAGGAUGCGAAAGAAAGAAAACCAGAAUCCAAGGCUCCUGAAAAAGGGAAGCACAAGGAAGUCAAAGUACAUGACAUUGGACCAGCCAAAGCGAAAGCCAAGGAAGAGGCUGCCCUGGAGCUUACAACAAAGUCAGACACAAAAGAUCAAUACGAAUUCUGUCGCUAUAUGAUUGACAUGUUUGCGCACGGGGAUUUGUAUACAGGUCCAGCUCCUCAACUGUUUUUACCACAUACCCCAGCAAUUACACCUGCACUCCCAGCUGCUGAAGUUGGAAAGCCUAAUACGACAGCUACUGAACCAAAAAAAGAAGCAAAAAGAAGAAAAGAAGUUCCAGAAAAGAAAGCUAUUCAUGAAGUUAAAACAAAAGAAGCAGAAGAAAGAAAAAAGGUAACUCACAAGAAGAAAAUUAUUCCUGAAAUUAAAGGGAAAGCUUUGGAACAGGAAAAGAAGGUAACCCAAGAGAAGAAAGCUAUUUCUGAAACAAAAAUUAAAGGGGGAAAAGAAGAAAGAAAGAAAGCUCUUGAGAAAACAGCUGUCCCUGAAGUUAAAAAGGCAGAACCAGAAAAAGCUCCUGCAGCCCAUCCAGCUUCUGUGAAGGUAGCUGUGCGAGAACCAUUCAAGAAAGAAAAGCCAGUCGAAAGAGCCAAGCAGCCAGUGAAGGAUGUGCCUGUAAAAGCAUCAGUUACACAAGAAACUCAUAAACCAAAAGAAACAGAACUAACCAAAAUAGAACCUGCUGCCCAUUUGACUAAAAAAGCAGUACAUGAAAAGAAAGAAGACAGAUUAUUAAAGGCAGUGGAGCAAGACAAACCAAAAUCCAAAGAAACAAAAGAUAUCAGAGGGAAAGAAGCAAAACAUGUGGCACCAAAAGUCAAAGAUGUUGCAAAAGAAAAAGUGAAGUCUCCUACUACUGUGAAAGAAAAAGAGGCAGUAAAACCAAAGGAAGUAAAGCCUACCAUUCCCCAGAAGCAGAAAGCACCUGAAGUGAUAAAAGAAACCAAAGAUACUUCUCAUCGUGCCAUUGCAGGAAAGAGAGAAGAACACAAACCAAUGAGACAAGAGGUUCUUAAGCACGACAAAGGAGCUCCUCAAGGAAAGCCAGAAGAAAUCACAGUAGCAGAUAAGAAAAAAGCAGAAAAGCCUUUGAAGGAAAAAGACAGAAAAAUGGCAGCGGUGACUCAUUUGAAAGAAGAAAAAGCCAAGGUCCCAGCAGUAAAAGAAUCCCAUCACCAUCGUAACAUGACAACAGACAAGCUUUCAAAGGCUUCAAAAGCAACAGCUGCUGUCCGCUACUAUCAGUGUGUCUUUGUAAAUGGAUACAAUGACUACAAACCGCAACACCCUGUUACCCCUGCCCAGGACUACAAAGGAAAGGCCGGGCAGACAAAAAAUUCUGGGCACAAGAUCAAGACACUGAAACAAUAGAGUCACACAACCUACAAUAUUGUGAUGAUUUUGCACUUUAGGCCCUUGAUAGAGGGUCAUGUGAUAUCCAUUGGCACCUGUGAUGAUGGAACUACGAUCCAAUUGAUCAUGUAUACUUGGAAAUGUUCUCUGCUCAUUUGUCAGAACAGCACAAGAAAAAAGAGGAGGAGAUGUAACAAUGUUUGAGAGAAUCUCCAAGUACCCAUUUCCUGAAGGAAAGCAAGGUGCUAAAAUUGUACUUGACAAGAAGUAAAGCUGUGUUUGCAUGUGCUUGUAUGUGUUUCUUACGUUUAUUUCCUCUCAUGUGAUUGUUGAUUGG